GGAGGGCGGUUGGCUGGGGCCUGCGGUACGCCGCUUCAGUGAGGGGCUCGCCUGCGGCCACCCAGCUUCUUGCUUUCUGGGCGCCACUCCCCCGGCCAGCCCGACGCGACGCGCCAGUAGCGCGGCACCGAUUCCUCUCGGGCUCUUGGGCGCUGCUCUGAGCAGCGUCACCCUUUAUACCAGAAAGCUGGCGGGCACUAUGGGGAAAAAACAAAACAAGAAGAAGGUGGAGGAGGUGCUAGAAGAGGAGGAAGAGGAAUAUGUGGUGGAAAAAGUUCUCGACCGUCGAGUGGUAAAGGGCAAAGUGGAGUAUCUCCUGAAGUGGAAGGGGUUCUCAGAUGAGGACAACACGUGGGAGCCAGAAGAGAACCUAGAUUGCCCCGACCUUAUUGCCGAGUUUCUGCAAUCACAGAAAACAGCACAUGAGACAGAUAAAUCAGAGGGAGGCAAGCGCAAAGCUGACUCUGAUUCUGAAGAUAAGGGAGAGGAGAGCAAGCCAAAGAAGAAGAAAGAAGAGUCAGAAAAGCCACGAGGCUUCGCCCGGGGUUUGGAGCCGGAGCGGAUUAUUGGAGCUACAGACUCCAGUGGAGAACUCAUGUUCCUGAUGAAAUGGAAAAACUCUGAUGAGGCUGACCUGGUCCCUGCCAAGGAAGCCAAUGUCAAGUGCCCACAGGUUGUCAUAUCUUUCUAUGAGGAAAGGCUGACGUGGCAUUCCUACCCCUCGGAGGAUGAUGACAAAAAAGAUGACAAGAACUAACUCUCCUGAGUACCAGCCCCUGUCGCAUCUGACUGUGGGUUUCAAUUGGAGAGGGAAGGGGUUCUACUUGUCUUGACACCAUAGAGGUGGCUUGAGAAGAUGUCCUUUGAAGAGCCAGUAUAGUUUCUGUGCCCUACAGCAGCCCAAGUGCUUUAAAGCCGUUCCAUGCUGUAUAGUUUGCACACCCAUCCCAGUGGAGGGGAAGGAGGAGAAGUGUUUCAAGGCAGCCCAUUCUGCACUUUGCUGAGAAAAGCAAAGGCCCUUCCAUGAAGGACAGAACUUGCAGAAUGGGUGUGUGGGAGAGCAGAAAGAUACUGUAGAUCUUCAAAGAGCAUCUCCACAACCCACAGCCUUCUUCCCAAUAGUGUUAACUCUGCAUUUUUACAGUGUAGCAUGUGUGUAGUUUUUGGCUAUUACUGGUGUAUUAUUUGGGGGUGGGA